CUGUGUUAUCUUCCUGACAGCUGGAGAAUCAGCUCCCAGCUGACGAAGUCUGCGAGGUUAAUUGUUAGAUAACCGUGAUAUUACACAAUAAGUAGCGACAAUUAUUGUAUGAGAAAAGGACGCGAUGGAGGUCGACUCAGUGUUCUACACUGAUCGCAGUGGAAGAGUCACCAGUAACCCACUGCUGGACCAGCUCCCCAGCUACCAGUCCCUGUUGUACCGUAGGAAGUCGUCGACUGGUGGCUCCAAGCGGAGAAACAGCUCUAGAGCUCGGCUCAGCUCUUCUGGCAGUGGGAAGUGGGCCGUGAGCACAGUCAGCAGACAUGAGGAGAAGCAGAAGGGUCAGACGGAGCAGAGACCCAUCAGAGAACUAGCCAAGACCAUGGCUGAGAAACGCAGAGACAAGACGCAGCGCCUGCAGGAGGCUGGAGAGCUCAGCAGCUGGAGACAGUGGAGGCAAAGCACCCGCCGGUAUCUGAGGCGGAUGAAGGAAGAUGCCCAAGAAUGGCUGAGCUCCCUGAAGCUCUGGAGGGGAGACAUUCACCUGAUAGAAGGGAUGUUUGGCACAGGGAUCCUGUCUUACUUCUCCUUCCUGCGCUUCCUGGUCAUGCUCAACCUGAUCAUCUUUCUGCUCAUGUUCAGCUUCGUCAUGUUUCCCAUCAUCAUUGCCCCCUACGCUUCAGGGAAUACCACCUACAACCAGAACGAUGGUAGCCCGUGCAGUGUGUAUCCAAGCAGCGCUCGGCGAGGCCUGGUUAUUUUUCAUGAACACAUUACAGAUCUGCUGUCUGGUGGAGGCUUUCUGGAACAGACCUAUCUUUUCUACGGCUACUACAAGGUGGACAAAAUCCACUUCCCACACAUCACUUAUAAUCUGCCAUUGGCAUACCUGCUGGCCACUGUAGCAUACCUGUUCCUCAGUCUCAUCUGGAUCGUUAAAAGGUCUGCCACGGGAUUCAAACGAAACCUGGUUCAGGAUGAGGAUCGCUUUCAGAGUUUUUGCAACAAGAUCUUUGCUGGCUGGGACUUCUGCAUCACCAACGAGAACGCUGCGAGGCUGAAGAGGAGCAGUCUGCUCUACGAGCUCAAGACGGAUUUGGAAGAAGAGAGGAUCAAGCAGAAAAUAGCGGAUCGCACCCGCAAAGAGAAGUGUCGGAUUUUGCUCAUCCGCCUCAUCCUCAACCUUUUUGUCAUCGGUGUACUGGCUGGUUGCUUCUACAGCAUUUAUGUAGCCACCAUCUUCUCCCAGAAAGCACAGAUGGAUAAAAUAAAGGAGAAUUUUAUUGUGGAUCUCAUCUAUCAGUAUCUGCCAUCGAUUGUUAUCACCUUGGCCAACUUCAUCACCCCCCUCCUCUUCUCUGUUAUCAUCAAUUAUGAGGACUACUCUCCUGCCUUCGAGAUCCGCUUCACUCUCAUGAGGUGUGUCUUCAUGCGGUUGACCAGUAUUGGGGUUUUGCUUUUCUCUCUAUGGUCCCAGAUCACUACGUGUAAAGAGGAGCCCUGCACCUGUGGCUAUAACCAUUUGCUUUACUCUUGUUGGGAGACCCGUGUGGGCCAGGAGAUGUACAAACUCACCAUCUUUGACUUCAUCAUCAUUGUCGCAGUCACCAUCUUUGUGGAGUUUCCCCGAAAGCUGAUUGUGAAGUACUGUGACUGUGGGCUGGUGAAGUGGUGGGGCCAGCAGGAAUUUGCAAUUCCUCAAAAUGUUCUAGAGAUCGUCUACGGGCAGACCAUCUGCUGGAUCGGCACGUUCUACUGCCCGAUGCUGCCUGCCAUCUGCACCAUCAAGUACUUCUUUAUCUUCUACAUCAAAAAGGUAUCACUGAUAAAUAACUGCCGUCCAGCCACGCGCCCGUUUCGAGCGUCGAGCUCCAACUUCUUCUUCCUUGGCGUGCUGCUGAUUGGCCUGGCCCUGGCCUGUGUGCCUGUCACUGUUAGUGUAGCCCAAAUAAACUGUUCCCAGGCCUGUGGACCAUUCGUUAAUUACACCACCUCCUGGGAGGUGCUGCCAACUACGGUAUCCCAGCUGCCCAAUGGAGUCCAAGCCCUGCUCUUCUUUCUCUCAUCAGAGGCCUUUGCUGUCUCCUUCUUUGUUUUUACAUGUUUGGCCAUGUUCUAUGUGGUUGCACUUGCUGGAGCUCACAAGAAGGUUAUUAACCAGCUAAGGGAUCAGCUAGCCAUGGAGGGCCGUGACAAACGUUUCCUGAUCCAGAAGCUGUGCCAGGCCCAGAGGCACUCAGCGAUCAAAUCUCAAGCGUCCAAACCUAGGCUCAGCAGAAGCAGAAGCACUUCCAGCUACCAUACCAGCUUCUCCAACAAUUUCAAUGAAGCGCUGUUCCUGGCACACUCACCUCCGGACUCCUCCACUCAUCAGCUCAGCUGGUGCGGAACCGGAGGCAGCGUGCUUUGGCUCGGUCAGUCAGCCAAAAUGUUGAGAAUUACGAUCCGGGCUGACAUGGGAUCCCUCUGGGUGUUAUUCUGUAUCAUCUAUUCUCAGUUCUUGACCGUGUCCUCUGAUGACAUAGUGGUGGCAUGCGGGGGGUUUGUGAAGUCCGACGUUGAAAUCAACUACUCUCUGAUCGAGAUUAAACUGUACACCAAACAAGGUUCCUUGAAAUAUCAGACGGAUUGUGCUCCAAUCAAUGGCUACUUCAUGAUCCCGCUCUACGACAAGGGAGACUUUGUUUUGAAGAUUGAGCCUCCUCUUGGAUGGAGCUUUGAGCCUACCAGUGUCGAGCUCCAUGUGGAUGGAGUUAGUGACAUCUGUACUAAAGAGGAAGACAUCAACUUUGUUUUCACUGGUUUUUCAGUCUCAGGAAUGGUUCUGAGUAAGGGCCAUCUCCUGGGUCCGGCAGGAGUAGAAGUCAAACUGAGCCGAGCGGGAACAGAGGAGAAACUCCAGAGUGUCAUCACACAGCCUGGAGGAAAGUACACCUUCUUCAAAGUACUCCCUGGAAGUUAUGACAUCACGGCUUCCCAUCCCUCCUGGACCCUGGAGCAGAGUUCUACCUCAGUGCACGUCUCCAAUGCCAAUGCCCCGGCCGCAGACCAUCUGGUGGUUGGAGGCUACGAUGUCUCGGGGGAAGUCCGAAGUGAUGGAGAGCCCAUGAAAGAGGUCACCUUCCUACUGUACUCAGCCGCAGUCAAGAGAGAGGACGUCAGUGGCUGUAACACCUCCCCAGUGGAGGGGGCAGAUUCUGGGGACAGCUCCCUGGUCUACCUAUGCAGCGCUCUGUCCAGGGAGGAUGGCACCUUCAUCUUCCCCUCUCUGGCCAGUGGAGACUACACUGUGGUGCCUUUCUACAGAGGAGAAAGGAUCACUUUUGAUGUUGCUCCAUCCAGGAUGAAUUUCAAGGUUGAACACAACAGCUUGAAGCUAGAGCCCAUCUUCCGAGUCAUGGGUUUCUCAGUGACAGGCCGAGUUCUCAACAGCGUCGGUGGAGAGGGUGUAUCUGAUGCCACGGUGUCACUCAACAACCAGAUCAAAGUCGUCAGUAAGGAGGAUGGUUCUUUCCGGUUGGAGAACAUGACAGCUGGUACCUACACCAUCCGUGUCAACAAGGAGCUCAUGUUCUUCGAGCCAAUCACAGUGAAGAUUGCCCCCAACACACCUCAGCUUCCCGACAUCAUCACAGCAGGGUUUAGUGUGUGUGGCCAGAUCUCGAUCAGUCGCCUGCCUGAGGGCAUGAAGCAGCAGGGUCGUUACAAGGUCACCCUGACACACCAGGGCCAGGACAAGGCUUCCAGUCGGACCAUCGACUCUGAUCCUCAGGGGGCCUUCUGCUUUCAGGCCAAACCUGGAGACUACAGCGUCCAUGUGUCUCUCCCUGAGGCAGAGGUGAAAGCAGGCCUUGCUCUUCAGCCUCAAGCCCUGGAGGUCUCCCUUGUGGACCGACCCCUCACAGACCUCCUUUUCACCCAGUUCAUGGCUUCUGUCUCUGGAAAAGUCUACUGUCUAGCGUCCUGUGAUGACCUCUCGGUAACCCUGCAACCAGUGAGUCGGCAGGGAGAGAGAAGGACGGUGCCUCUGUCUGGCAGCAGCGACGUCCUCAGCUUCUCCUUUGACAACGUUCUGCCUGGGAAAUACAAAGUGAGUAUUUCUCAUGAGGAGUGGUGCUGGAAGCACAAGUCCAUGGAAGUGGAAGUUCUGGAUUCUGACGUCUUAGGCGUGGAGUUCAGACAGAUUGGCUACAUCCUGCGUUGCUCCCUCUCCCAUGCCAUCACUUUGGAAUUCUUCCAAGAUGGCAGCAAACCUGAGAACGUCGGCAUGUACAACCUCUCUAAGGGAGUCAACCGAUUCUGCCUGUCCAAGCCCGGUGUUUACAAAGUCACCCCUCGCUCCUGCCAUCAGUUCGAGCAGGACUUCUACACCUACGAUACCUCGGCCCCCACUAUCCUGACCCUCACUGCAGUGCGGCAUCACAUGACUGGGCUCAUCACCACCGACAAGAUUCUAGACGUCACAGUUACCAUCAAGUCGUCCAUCGAGAGCGAGCCGGCUCUGGUGCUGGGUCCGCUGCGGAGCUUGGAAGAGCAGCGGCAGGAGCAGCAGCUGCAAGAAAUUCAACUACGCCGUCAGGAGCGGGAGCGUCGCGCCGCCGAAGAGGACGGAGGUGCCAGAGAUGAUAGCCCUCCAAUCCAAGAGAAGGCUGAUGAACUGACAGGCCCAUUCCACUAUGAGUUCUCCUACUGGGCCAGGGCUGGAGAGAAGAUCACAGUGACUCCCUCCUCCAAGGAACUGCUGUUCUACCCACCUGAGGUAGAAGCCACUAUCACUGGAGAGUCCUGUCCAGGUCGGCUGGUGGACAUUACGGGACGUGCAGGUCUCUUCCUGGAGGGGAAGGUGUCUCCAGAGCUACAGGGUGUCGAGAUCUCCAUCACUGAAAGAGGAGCAUCUGCAGUCCUCAUUACUGUGGCCACUAAUGAGAUGGGAGCAUACAGUGUGGGUCCUCUUCACAGCGACAGACAGUACGACAUCAGUGCCAGUAAAGAGGGUUUCGUCCUGAGUCCUGUGGAGGGAACCCAGGGAGAUUUCAAGGCGUUCGCUCUGGCUGGUGUGACCUUCAAGAUCAAAUCAGAGGAUGGUCAGCCCCUGUCAGGCGUCCUUCUGUCUCUGAGUGGAGGACAGUUUCGCUCCAACCUUUUGACCCAGGACACUGGCCUGCUCACCUUUAAUAACCUGAGUCCUGGUCAGUACUACUUCAAACCCAUGAUGAAGGAGUUCCGCUUUGAGCCUGCGUCUCAGAUGAUUACAGUGGAGGAAGGUCAAAACCUCAGUAUUGAUAUAACUGGGAUUAAGACUGCAUACAGCUGCUACGGUGCGGUGCAGUCUCUGAGCGGGGAUGCAGAGCGGGAUGUUGCCGUGGAGGCGAUGGGUCAAGGAGAGUGCAGCCUCUACAGCGAGGACACCGUCACAGAUGAGGAGGGCCGCUUCAGACUCAGGGGUCUGCUGCCUGGUUGCAAAUAUCUGAUUCAGCUGCGUGCUGAAGGCAACGACCACAUAGAGAGGGCGCUACCACAACACAGAGCUAUAGAGGUUGGCAGCAGUGACAUUGAAGGGGUCAACAUCAUCGCCUUCAGGCAGAUCAAUCAGUUUGACCUCAGCGGAAACGUCAUCACGUCCCCUGAACAUCUCCCAACACUAUCGGUGAAGCUGUAUAAAAGCGACAAUCUGGACAAUCCAAUCAACAGCGUCUCUCUGGGACAGUCCCUCUUCUUCCACUUCCCUCCUCUGGACAGAGAUGGAGAGACUUAUGUUCUGAUGCUGUACUCCACGCUGUCCCGGUCGCAGUAUGACUUCACUCUGCCCCAGGUCUCCUUCACCUCCACUGGCUACCACAAGCACGUCACGCUCACCUUUAACCCCACUCGUAAAGUGCCUGACCAGGAUGUUGCCCAAGGCUCCUACAUAGCUCUGCCUCUCACUCUGCUGCUCCUUCUAGCAGCUUACAACCACGAGAAGGUGAUCCCCCUGCUGUUACAGGUCGUGAGCCGUAUCCAGGGAGUGAGGAGCAUGGCCCAAGCCAGUGGGGACAGUGCCGCCGUGGAUGAAGCCAAACGCCAGGCUAAGAGACAGAAAGCCAGGCGUACAUGAGGCCACAACCACGGCUCGCCUCAGACCACACCUUUGUACGCUAAAUAGCACACUGGCACCUGCAAUCCCAGCCGCGGCAAGCACUGGGUUAGCCGGGUGAAACUUCUUCAGUAGCUGCGGCUAAUGACAGGUGCUGGUAAACUGUUUAGCUCGCUAAGAUGUGAUUUAGCCCCAUGUGAAGCCCAACGUGAACCACUCGACACGCAAUGACCACCACCUCAUUAGCCAUUCAGAUUCACUGGACUGAUAGCUGACAUUUAACAGGUUGUUUUGUAUGUUUUUUAGAACCUUUUUUUUUUCCCCAGAACACUCAUUGUCUAAAAAAAACAUUGUCAAUAUUUGUGAGCCAUUUUUAUACAUUUGUAAUUUAUCUAGGUCAGCUAAAAUUGUUUGUGUUUUGAAAGCACUUGAAUGCUUUUGAUAUCUAUCUAACAUUGUUUAGGACUGUCAGGCACUGUGGAAAACAAAGUGUCUCGCCUACCAGCAUUGGGCUCGAUUCAGACAAUACGCAAAGGGAAUUUUCCAUCAGAAUGUAGUUUUAGAUCUAAUCAUAACUACCAGUAUUAGCUUUGUGAUUUGUAAGAUUUAUGGUUUAUAUUGGUUUGUAUGGGCUCAAAUAAGGGUCAAGAACAUUUUCAGCUUGAGAAACAUCUUUUGGCUGUAUAUCACCUUUGUGAACCUGUUCUCAACAAAUAAUGAGAGAAAUUGAAGUUAAGGAUGUCCAAAUGAUAUUUGUGCUAGAAAAUUUUGACCAUUGAACACUCUGAACUACAAAACUCUUUGUAAUAUCCACAGACCUUUAACAGAUCUACAAAGGGUGAUGAAUUACUAUAAGCUUUGAAUUAUCUUAAGCAUCAUUUCACAAGCUUAAUAUGUUUUUGUCUCUUAUUUGAACCCAUAGAUUUGAACUUAAACUGCAUUGACCGCUAUAAUGCCAUCACAAACAAACAGGAUUCUGUUGACUGCUAACUCUGACUGAAACACAGCCAAAGAUGCUGACGAGCCAAUAACUGCUUUAUACCGUUGUCACUUAAAUCUAGAACGCCCACGUGUUGUCCAUCCACUCCUGAUGGGAUUUUAUAAGCUGUUAAGCGUGAUGCAAGAUUGACUUGAUGUCAGUUUCUCUGUUAGCUCAGGAAAAUGAUGGUAGAUAAGAUGCUGGAUAUAUGGGUUUGAAUUCUGUGAGGAGAUUUAUUUUGUUUUUGUUUUUUGAGUGGGGGUGGCCAGGGGUGGGGGGGGUGGCAGGUAGGGAGCUACAGGGGAUAACUGAUAGUUGAUUAAUUUAUUAACAUGUGUCUAAUCAGUUGUGAAUGGCUUUCAGAAGUGUGGCUGUUAUUUUUUUUUUUUUGAAUGAUAUCUGUCAGAGGAAGUGUGUGACAAGCUAUUUUAAAGAGCAAUGUAAACUCUAAGAAGACUCCCACACACAGACGUGACAGUAAGUGAGAAUAUCUAAAAAGAUUCUGUCAUGACCUUGAGUUAAACUUAGAAAGAUAAGGCAGAAUUGUAAUUUCAUAAGCUCAUUGUCUUACCACUCAGCUGUGUAAUGCACUGUGAAAACUAUGGACCCCAAUUAUUUUUCUGUAUUCAGUUCAUCUGCUCUGAGUUGUGGCUGACUUUCACUGAAAGAUGAAAAGGCCACUGACUAUUUACUGAGUUGAAAGAUAUUCCAAUUAGUCCACAUUUAGGGGGAGUUGAUUAGUUUGGUUGG